AUGUCAGAGACCAACAGCACCAGUGCCGAUGACCUCAAUUCCAAAGACCAGGAAGGAGGCUCAGACGACGUCACACACCAUCUCUCAGGAUAUGAUAUAUCAUUGGCUGCCCGCAACAUCGCCAAUAGCCCUCUGAUCCGACUUCCUCCGGAGCUGCUCAAUCGCAUCUUUGAGGAGCUAGAGUUACAACUUGGGAUCAACGAAUGGGCUCCGCUCCUACCCUUUGCUCGCGAUCGCAUCGUCCCCUACAUCUCUUUAUCCAGCGUAGACUCUGCCACCCAUGCGCAUCGCUUUUUGUCUGCCGCGCCAAAUCUAUACCGAACCAUCCCUUCCCUAAUGAUCAUGGAGGGACGAACAAGACGGGUCGAGGACCACUGGGGAAGCUUCACGGACAUAAAGGAUGUCCUUACUUCGCUGGAACGCGUGGUUCGCGUGGGGAUUGUCGCAGACGGAGACCGCUUCACUACUCUCCACACGCAUGCGAAGGAUACCUUGCUUGAGCGGAUGGCACUCAUCUCGAGCUUGACCGUGCAUCGCUUCCACGGGACGUUCUCCUCCCUCAUUGCGUUCAUUGCUCAUUCGCCACAGCUCCAGUCCUUAGAGCUAGUUGAUACCCGGAUUGUAGGCUCUAACGACGAUGAUAAGGAGCAGGACGAAUUACCCACCUUGAGCUCGCAAUUAACACUGAAGAAGGUGAAGCUUGCAUGGGUGUUCGAAGGGUAUCCGCGACAAGGGUACAGUGACAAACUCGUUUCCUGGGUUUGCUCGCUUUGUCGGCCCAACACCUUGCGCGAAUUCUGGUACAAGAUGCCGCCUCGUGUUGUAUUCAGCAGUCAUAGCGCGGAGACUGCCAAGGAGAUCGAACGAGUUCUAGACCAUCUAAAUCCGCAAUAUGGCACAUUGCGAAACCUUCAUCUACUCCCGGGAUGUUUUCUCCUCAAUAUACAGGACGUCAUCCCUGUCUUACAGUCGAUCGCGCGCACGGAGAUCCCUCUUCGCACCUUGGUACUUGGCUGGGAGCCGGACUACAUGAAUUUCACCCUUGUGGAAAGCGACAUAUCAUACGUCUGCACUCACCUCAUCAAGCUCUACGCAAAUACCACACACCAUUACACUGUUCGGAUUGAACGGGCUCACGGUAGCUUGGGGUCGGUAAAGAAGCUUAGGUUGGAAGAUGUGGUGCCGAGGAACGGGGUCAAAAGGGCAUUUGUGAUCCGCCACGAGCACGGAGAGAUGGCCCUUGUUCGCAUUGACGAAUGGGCGUUGGACGGGUCGUGCUUGGACGAACCAAUUCCUUCUGCCCCGGGCCGGUCGGUUCGAGUCAGUCUCGAGACUUACUUGCACUUGCGCUCGGGAGAACUCUUCUUUGAGUUGCUUGCUCUCAUCUUCGAAGUGCAGUGA